AUGCCGACGCUCGAUGAGGUUAACGCAGACGGCAACGAUCGGGAAUUGGCUCUGAGAUCCCGCGAGACGUUGGUCGAGCGUACCGGUAGUCGGGUUCCUGCGAGUCUCAUGCGGACCUUUGGCAAGGCCAUCAGCAGGGGCACUUUGCUUCUUCCCGCCUGUCAAGAUCUCCACUUGCGGGACCCGAGGGAGGACGACCCAGGAUUCCAGAGCGGUGUGAUGGCGCGACAGGGUAUAGUGGUUGCCUCUUUCGGCUCAUACAUGUGGGCUGUCAUCCCAACCACUUGCCUACAUCUGUGGAUGGCUGCAAUCGUAUGCCACACAGCCAGGAAGGCUCUGAUCUUGGUUCGGAAUCGGGGCACCUUCAACUGA